AUGGGCAUGUGGAAUAAGGCAAAAUCCAGCAAGAUCUGUUGGGUCCUCCUGGGAUGUGGAGUUCUGGUGAUUGUGUCAGUCGUCACAGCUGUAGUCCUGUCAGCAUACAUCCAACCUGGAAACAUCAAUGAGUGUAUCAAAAACCCGUGCCACCAUGGACGCUGUGUGGACAAAGAUGGCGGAUACAAAUGCACCUGCUCACCUGGAUGGACUGGACAGAACUGUCAGCAAGAUAUCAACGAGUGUCCCGGAAACCCAUGCAAAUAUGGAACCUGUGUGAACACACAUGGUGGCUACAACUGUACCUGCUUACCUGGAUGGACUGGACAGAACUGUCAGCAAGACAUCGAUGAGUGCACCAGCAAACCCUGCCAACAUGGACGCUGUGUGAAUAAAGGUGGUGGAUACAAAUGUACCUGCUUACCUGGAUGGACUGGACAGAACUGUCAGCAAGACAUCGAUGAGUGCAUCAGCAUACCCUGCCAACAUGGAACCUGUGUGAACAAAGGUGGCGGAUACAAAUGUACCUGCUCACCAGGAUGGACUGGUCAGAACUGUCAGCAAGAAAUCAAUGAGUGCAUCAGGAAACCAUGCCGACAUGGAACCUGCGUGAACAAACGUGGCGGGUACAAAUGUACCUGCCCACCUGGAUGGAUUGGACAGAGGUGUCAGCAAGUUCUUUGUCCCACAGACAUCAAUGAGUGUAUCAGAAACCCGUGCCACCAUGGAACCUGUGUGAACAAAGAUGGCGGACACAAAUGCACCUGCUCAUCCGGGUGGACUGGGCACAACUGUCAGCGAGACAUCGAUGAGUGCAGCAGAAACCCAUGCCAACAUGGACGCUGUGUGAACAACGAUGGUGGAUACAAAUGUACCUGCUCACCUGGAUGGACCGGACAGAACUGUCAGCAAAACAUCGAUGAGUGCACCAGCAAACCUUGCCAACAUGGACGCUGUGUGGACAACGAUGGUGGAUACAAAUGUACCUGCACACCUGGAUGGACUGGUCAGAACUGUCAGCAAGACAUCAAUGAGUGUAUCAAAAACCCGUGCCAACAUGGACGCUGUGUGAACAAAGAUGGCGAAUACAAAUGCACCUGCUCACCUGGAUGGACUGGACAGAACUGUCAGCAUGAUAUCAAUGAGUGUGCCAGAAACCCAUGCAAAUAUGGAACCUGUGUGAACACACAUGGUGGCUACAACUGUACCUGCUCACCUGGAUGGACUGGACAGGACUGUCAGCAAGACAUCGAUGAGUGCACCAGCAAACCCUGCCAACAUGGACGCUGUGUGGACAAAGAUGGCGGAUACAAAUGUACCUGCUCACCUGGAUGGACUGGACACAACUGUCAGCAAGGCAUCAACGAAUGCAUCAGCAAACCCUGCCAACAUGGAACCUGUGUGAACAAAGAUGGCGGAUACAAAUGUACCUGCUUACCUGGAUGGACUGGACAGAACUGUCAGCAAGACAUCGAUGAGUGCAACAGAAACCCAUGCCAACAUGGUCGCUGUGUGAACCAAGAUGGCGGAUACAAAUGUACCUGCUCACCUGGAUGGAUUGGACUGAGGUGUCAGCAAGACAUCGAUGAGUGCAUCAGCAUACCCUGCCAACAUGGAACCUGUGUGAACAACGAUGGCGGAUACAAAUGUACCUGCUCACCAGGAUGGACUGGACAGAACUGUCAGCAAGACAUCAAUGAGUGUAUCAGAAACCUGUGCCAACGUGGACGCUGUGUGAACAAAGAUGGCGGAUACAAAUGUACCUGCUCACCUGGAUGGACUGGUCAGAACUGUCAGCAAGACAUCAAUGAGUGCAGCAUGAAACCAUGCCGACAUGGAACCUGCGUGAACAAACGUGGCGGGUACAAAUGUACCUGCUCACCUGGAUGGACUGGACAGAACUGUCAGCAAGGUAUCGAUAAGUGCAGCAAAAAUCCAUGCCAACAUGGACGCUGUGUGAACCUAUAUGGCAGAUACAAAUGUACCUGCUUACCUGGAUGGAUUGGUCAGAACUGUCAGCAAGACAUCAAUGAGUGCACCAGGAAACCAUGCCGACAUGGAACCUGCACGUCGAGGUGCAAACCUGGCCUCCAUCACAAGCCGUGA